CUGUAUUCAGGUUUAACAUUACAACCCGAUUAAGACAAAUGCAUAUUUAACUUAAUUACUCCAUUUAGAAGAUCCAAUUAACAAAAUCCCAAAAUUAGCAUAGUUGGAAACAAAGGCUCUUCCCUUAAUUCUGUCUAGAUUUCAUCGGAGCGUUGCAAUUAAACGACCUUCAUUGAUCUCAUCUCCCUUUCAUUCCCACCUGGCAACUUUCUCCGUUCGAUGGGUUCUCUCGCCUUCAAUUCCGUCGCCGCCACCACCGCCAAUUUCCGUCCGUCCGCCGCCGCACGCUCCUCCGUCCGCAGCCAACUCUCGCAUCUCCGCCUUUUCCCUUCCCUAUCCGCUCCCUUACAAUACCGAUGGUCCUCUUCCUCUUCUCCCGCCUUUUUAGGUGUAAGAGCUGAGGUGGCGGCUACCGAGCAAGCUGGAGUUGAUGGUGCCGCAAAACUGGAAGCUCCCGUCGUUGUUGUUACCGGAGCUUCUAGAGGAAUCGGAAAGGCCGUUGCUUUGGCUUUGGGAAAAGCUGGUUGCAAGGUCCUAGUGAAUUAUGCGAGAUCUUCAAAGGAGGCAGAAGAAGUUUCCAAAGAGAUUGAAUCAUGUGGUGGCCAAGCGAUGACUUUUGGUGGUGAUGUUUCAAAAGAAGAAGAUGUAGAAUCGAUGAUGAAAACCGUGGUUGAUCGAUGGGGAACAGUCGAUAUCUUAAUAAAUAAUGCAGGUAUAACGCGUGAUACGUUGUUGAUGAGAAUGAAGAAAUCUCAGUGGCAGGAGGUUCUCGACUUGAAUCUUACUGGAGUGUUCCUCUGCACGCAGGCUGCCGCUAAAAUUAUGAUGAAGAAGAAAAGGGGGAGAAUAGUCAACAUAUCCUCUGUUGUUGGUUUAGUUGGCAAUGCUGGGCAAGCCAACUAUAGUGCAGCAAAAGCAGGAGUGAUUGGAUUAACUAAAAGUGUCGCAAAAGAAUACGCCAGCAGGAAUAUAACUGUUAAUGCUGUGGCUCCUGGAUUCAUUGCAUCAGAUAUGACUUCUAAGCUAAGUGAUGACAUUGAGAAGAAAAUUUUGGCUAGCGUUCCCUUAGGAAGAUAUGGUCAACCAGAAGAAGUUGCUGGAUUGGUGGAAUUCCUUGCACUCAGUCCUGCAGCCAGCUAUAUUACUGGACAGGUUCUUACUAUUGAUGGUGGAAUGGUUAUGUAGAAAUUUUCAGCUUCCCCGUUGUCUCCUUGUCGUGGGUGUGAUUAAAAGGUUGAUUGAUUAUGCCAUGCUGUAGGUAUCGGUCACUCCGUCCUAUCGAGAAGGGUAGACUCAGUAGUAAUAUCAUAGGAGCAGACGGCUUCCUUUUUUCUUCCUCUUUUUUGAGUUCACUUUUCUGGUUUAGCUUGUUAGCUUUUCCCCAACUGGGGGAUAAAAUUUUGUAAAGAGUUGGCAGGCUUUUCCCGUUAUUUUUGUCGAACUGUUGCAGAAGCAAAAAUUGGGUCUUGGAUUGGACGUUA